CUUUCUGUUGUCUAUGCGUGAUCAAAAUGUCGCUUUCUGUUUUGGUAUCAUCUUGCAAUAAAGAAAUUAUAUUUUCGUAAUUUAUCCAUGAGUUUGCGAAAUAUUGCUGUUCAUUGUCUCUAUAUUUAUAGGAAGUGAACUUUGGAAAGCUAACAACCUGUGAUAUCAGCCAUGAAUACUACCGCACCAACAUCGGCGGAUGCAUGCCUUAGCAUAGUGCACUCCCUCAUGUGCCACAGACAGGGUGGUGAGAGCGAGAGCUUUUCCAAACGCGCCAUAGAGUCACUUGUGAAGAAGCUCAAAGAAAAACGAGAUGAGCUGGAUUCGCUAAUAACCGCUAUAACCACAAAUGGAGCCCAUCCAAGUAAAUGUGUAACAAUACAGAGAACUUUAGAUGGAAGAUUGCAGGUUGCUGGCCGCAAAGGGUUUCCACAUGUUAUCUAUGCUCGCAUAUGGCGCUGGCCAGAUCUACACAAGAAUGAACUGAAGCAUGUCAAGUUUUGUCAGUUUGCAUUUGAUCUCAAAUGUGACUCGGUCUGUGUAAAUCCUUAUCAUUACGAGCGAGUUGUUUCACCUGGUAUAGAUCUCUCUGGCUUGACCCUACAGACGGGUCCAAGUAGACUUGUAAAAGACGAGUACACGGCAGGACUCAGUGGGAACGGAAUGGACAUGGACACCGGAGAACUUGUCACUAUUCAACACCACGCUACCAGUCCGAGACAUCAUCACAACACCAUUUCACAUCAUCAGUUUCAGAACACUAAUAUAAUUAUAAAUCAGGGGCAGACGCCUGAAGGCGUUCCGAACAUGUUUUCGCCGACUCACGGGCCCCGUCCUCCGGUCCGGCCGCCGGGAGCCCCACCGCAGAUGGUGGGGCCCCAUCACUCUCCGGCCCAACAAAUGAUCUCAACACACGGAACUAAUCAGAUGCCAACGCAACAAAUGAUGCCCGGAGCCCCGCAAAUGGGUCCCGGUACGCCACAAAUGGGUCCCGGCACGCCACAAAUGGGCCCCGGCACGCCACAAAUGGGUCCCGGCACGCCGCAAAUGGGCCCCGGCGCGCCGCAAAUGGGCCCCGGAGUGCCGCAAAUGGGUCCCGGAGCGCCGCAAAUGGGAACCAACGUGCCGCAGAUGGCAUCGCCCAGAAUGGCAUCGGCACCCACUCAAAUGUCACCUGGGACCCCCCAAAUGCAGAAUAUGAAUCAAGGAAUGUCUAUCCCCAGUUCCCAACAGAUGGUAAUGGGCCAACAGAGAGCCAUAGCGCCUAAACUAGAGCCGCCUGACACAAUGGACGCAAGAGCGAUGUGGCUGCCCAAAAGAAUGAAUCAUUUAGGUACUACAGCCAUGUCUCCAGUUGCCCCGGAGACUUCACAGCAGAACGGCUUCGUCACCGCUACUAGUCCAGCGCCACAGCAAAGUCCAUUACCUCAUCUUACACAACAGCAACAACAAGUGGGUACAUCAGCCAUGUCUCCGGUAGCCGCGGAGACUUCACAGCAGAACGGCUUCGUCACCGCUACUAGUCCAGCACCACAGCCAAGCCCAUUACCUCACCGUACCCAACAACAACAACAACAGCAACAACAAGGCACAUGGACGGGAAACAACACGCUGACAUACACGCAGAGCCUCGCCCCGCCGCCCGCCGCGCCCCCCGCCGCCGUCGAUACGCCCGCGCACCACCACCUAUACUUUAACGGCAACCCUGGUGGUUUAUUGUCGAGUCAGCCUGCCCCGGAAUAUUGGUGUUCGGUGGCGUAUUUCGAGUUAGAUACGCAGGUGGGCGAAACUUUCAAGGUGCCAUCAAGCAGGCCUAAUGUUACAGUCGACGGCUAUGUUGACCCCUCAGGAGGCAACAGAUUUUGUCUAGGAGCCCUGAGCAAUGUCCACAGAACGGAGCAGAGCGAACGAGCGAGGUUACACAUAGGCAAGGGCGUUCAACUAGACCUACGCGGCGAAGGUGACGUGUGGCUGCGCUGUUUGUCUGACCACUCUGUCUUCGUCCAGUCCUAUUAUUUGGACCGGGAGGCAGGCAGGGCUCCGGGGGACGCCGUGCAUAAGAUAUACCCUUCUGCUUGUAUAAAGGUGUUCGACCUGCGGCAGUGCCACCGGCAGAUGCAGACGCAGGCGGCGACUGCGCAGGCGGCGGCGGCGGCGCAGGCGGCCGCGGUCGCCGGCCACAUACAGCCGCAGCACGCGGGCAUCAACAAGUGUCUAACAGCGGCGGCCGGCAUAGGCGUGGACGAUCUGCGCCGCCUCUGCAUCGUGCGGCUGUCGUUCGUGAAGGGCUGGGGGCCCGACUACCCGCGGACCUCGAUCAAGGAGACCCCGUGCUGGGUCGAGGUCCAUCUUCAUAGAGCACUCCAACUCCUAGACGAGGUGCUGCACACGAUGCCGAUCGACGGCCCGCGGAGCAACAUCGAGUAGGAGUUGAUCGGCUUCUUUUGAGGCCUUCGAGCGGAUGCGCGUGCGCAGGACGCCUUAGCCAGUGAGCGCACCGCGUGUGUUGUGUUACAGUGCAACGUGUUUGUUCGCGCGUGUUGAGUGGGACAAAGUGAAUUAAGUGGCGUUUUAUGAGUGUAUUCAUACGUAUAUUCAGUCAAUAGACUUGAAAAGAUUGAAAUGCCAUGUUCAGCUGUAUUGCUGAAUUUGAAAAUUCUAAAUAUCGUUGAAUCGAAUUGAAUCGAUUCAAUAGUGAGAGUAUGUGUGUAUAACAACUAAAGGUUUAAAAGGGUUUAAGCUUUUUGUUGAUAUGUUAGUCAAUCAGUUGACCCAAAAAGUUUUUCAAAAGAGAUUUUUUUUAUGACAAUUUAUUAAAGCCUUUGACUUAACUUUGACUAUUUUGAUCAUGUUAAAUUAUUUUAACUUCUGAGUAUUGGAGAAUGCCCGCGGCUCCGCUCGCGUAAAUGAAAAAUCACCACAAUUCCCGUUCUCGCGGGAAUUUAGGCGAUUUUUCGUUUAGAUCCUGACCUCUGAACCCAAUUAAGGGCUGUGCGUUGAUAUAUCGGACAGUCAUUCACAUCCUUAUUUUAUAUGUUUAGAUCUACCUAUAAGAGUACACUCGUAAAAUGCCACUUUUCUAGGAUGGCCAUAAAGUUAUGUUGUAUCCUUGAAAACAAUUUCGAAUCAACAAUUAUUUUUGAUGGAACUAUAUCAAACACAUCAAAUAGUGAUUACACAUUUAUUUAAUGGUUGCCAUAUAUUAGCAUUUAUAUAAGUUAACAAUUAUUUUUAAAGUUUAUUUCAGUUUCGGCCCUGUCUUCCAAAUUGUUUCUUUUAUUUCGUCUUCCGAAUUGAAGUUUUGUUAGAAAUUGUUUUGGAUUGGUAUGUAUUGUAUAAGAAUUGUAACAAACAUUGCACAGUGGUGCAUCGCUCGUUUUUAUAAAAAAAGGUGAACUGAUAACUUAUGUCUUGAUUUAUUUAAGUGGAAGGUUGCUAAGUGAGAAGAAUUUUUUUAAUGAUCUUAAAUUUUCAAUGACUGCUUAUUGUUUGCAACUCUUGUUUCUAGUUGAUUAAUAGCAAUGAUACGAUCAAAUCAGUAAAUUUAAUUAAUUACAGUCUGUAUUGAAGGAAAUUAUUUUCAUGUGUAAAUACUUAAGUUUAUUGUUUAUGCUUCUUUGGGUUUGAACAAAACAAAUUCAUGUUACUUAGCAACCGUUAUAAAUAUAAAUAUAGGUUUAAAUAUUACUAUAUAGACAUAUAUAACAGUAUUGAGAGAACAAACUAAAGCACAGAGAAAAAAAAGAUAAAAGAUCUCAUUAAAUACUUUCACAAAUCAUUAAAAAAAAAUAUGUAAGAUAAUGACAAAAUUCAGCUCGAUUAAGUCUGAAUUAUUGAAUGUUAUACGCGUUUUAGUAACAGUCAUACCAAAUUAAGGUUGUAUUAAUGUUAAAUAUGACAAGACAUAAUUAUGGUUCAACUUGAAAGAAGCCAAAUCGGAUUAGCUUUUGACCUUAAGUUUAAGAUUUAGUGUAAGUUACGUUAUUUAUGAUAGAUAACGGCGAGAGCGGGUUAGGGAGGUUGUAUUUGAUAGUUUGAUGUGCCUAAUUAGUGGAAUUGCAUGAAUAUACAAACCAGGAAAAUCCUAUUAUCAGCAACUGUUCUUAGGUCGUUUGGCCUACAAUCGAUUCGACGACAUAAUUGUUCGGCAUCGGGAAAUUGUGAGACUUUUCAUCUUUGAAAGAUGCAUCGACAGAACAGUAGAAGUCCAUUCUGGCGAAGAAUGGUUCGAAUAUUAAAAGUUCUGUCACCCAAUCUCUCGAUGACGAAAGAUUAUACCGUCGAACUGUUCGUCAAAUGUCCCGCCGGACAACAGCUUUCCUCUUCACCACCCUGUGAUUCCGAACUUGAAAAAAAUAGCUAUGGGAAAUAAAUGGGAAAAUUCUUAAUUUAAAAAUAGAUAAAAUACAUUUUAUGACAAGUAAAAAAAAAAAAAAACAAAGACAAUAAUUUCUUUUAA